GGCAGAAAUACGAGGGUGUCAUGUGCCAAAGAGCACCUGAAUAUCCGCCAAGUGUCCCCGGGCCCGACCUAGACGACGAUUCAGCUGAUCCCGGCUCGGCCUGCAUCUCUCGUCUGGGUGUAGCUAUUAUUAUCCCAAACCAUAUUCAAUUUCUCACUAUUUAAUACACACCGCAAACACCCUUUGGAAUAGAAGAGGGCCGCGUAGUUUCUCGCUCCCUUCCCCUCCCUCUUCCUCUUCCUCUUCCUCUGUCUCCAUUAUUACAAAUCUCCUUCAAUAUUUUCGAGAAUUUGUCAACCAAUCCUUCCUCUCUCUUCUCCUCCUCUUCCGACUUUUCUGCCGAAUCCCGAUCACUUCAAUUGCCUCUUUGUUCUUCACAUUUCGCCACGGAUCUUCCUCUCCGCUUUUCGUUUUGUUUUCUCUGCUAACAUCACAGAGCUUUUCUCAGCUGCAGGUGGCAAUGGCAGAUUCCAAUGCAGAGUUAGACUUCUUGAAGGAUUUCCACAUCCCUAAUUACAUUCUCUUACCUGAAUCAGAUGUUGAGUGUGUUAGUGACAUACCUGAGUGCCCAGUCAUUGUAUUCAUCAACUCCAAAAGUGGAGGUCAGCUGGGUGCAGAUCUCCUUGUAACAUUUCGUUAUCUUCUAAAUAAAAAUCAGGUUUUUGAUUUGGGGGAAGAGGGUCCUGAUAAGGUGUUACACAGACUCUAUCUCAAUCUCGAAAGGCUCACGCAGGAUGAUGAUAAUUUUGCUCCCAAAAUACGGGAGAGGCUAAGAUUAAUUGUUGCAGGUGGGGAUGGGACAGCAGGGUGGCUUCUUGGAGUUGUUUGUGAUCUCAAAUUAUCUCAUCCACCGCCAAUUGCUACAAUGCCCUUGGGAACUGGCAACAACCUUCCUUUUGCAUUUGGCUGGGGGAAGAAGAAUCCUGGGACCGAUCAUCAGGCUGUGAAGUCUUUCUUGGUUCAAGUAAUGAAGGCAAAGGAAAUGAAAAUAGACAGCUGGCAUAUUCUCAUGAGAAUGAAAGCCCCGGCAGAAGGUUCAUGCGAUCCCAUUGCACCUCUUGAGCUGCCACAUUCUUUACAUGCAUUUCAUCGCGUUUCUGCGACAGACACACUGAACAUGGAAGGUUGCCACACGUUUCGUGGGGGAUUCUGGAACUACUUCAGCAUGGGAAUGGAUGCUCAAGUAUCAUAUGCAUUUCACUCUGAGCGAAAGCUGCAUCCUGAAAAGUUUAAAAAUCAGUUAGUUAAUCAGAGUACUUAUGCAAAACUAGGAUGUACACAAGGAUGGUUCUUUGCUUCUCUUUUUCACCCUCCUGCCCGGAACAUAGCUCAGCUUGCUAAGGUUAAACUCAUGAAAAGACCAGGUCAAUGGGAAGAACUCCACAUACCUUCCAGCAUCAGGUCAAUUGUGUGUCUGAACUUGCCCAGCUUUUCUGGCGGACUGAAUCCUUGGGGAACACCAAAUAGGAGGAAACUGCAUGAUAGAGACUUAACUCCACCAUAUGUAGAUGAUGGUCUUUUGGAAGUGGUUGGUUUUAGGGAUGCUUGGCAUGGGCUUGUUUUGCUUGCUCCAAAUGGACAUGGGAGACGUCUUGCACAAGCAUCCCGAAUUCGCUUUGAGUUUCAUAAGGGUGCAGCUAACCAUACAUUCAUGAGAAUUGAUGGAGAACCUUGGAAACAACCACUUCCGGUAGAUGAUGACACUGUUGUUGUAGAGAUUUCUCACCUGGGUCAGGUAAACAUGCUUGCGACCCAUGAUUGCAAGUCCAAAAGUGCCCAUGAUCCCUCGACACCUUUAAAUCAUGAUGCUGAAGAAGAUGAUGGUAAUGAGGAAGACUCUGUCCAAGGGGAAGAGUGGAGGAAAUUUGGUGCUGCUGACACAUUUAGGAUCCCAGAUGGGGUUGAUAUUUCUCAUUUAAGUUGAAACUAUCCAAUGUUUCACCCAGUUGCUUUUGCUUCGUUGAUAUUAAUUUUUUUACCUUUAAUUAUUGAGGUGCCAAUAUUAUUUGAAUUUUAACAUUGAUGUAAUUGUUGUCCAGUUGUUAUUAACAAGUCCUUUGUGGUCAGUUUAGGAAUGGAAACAACCAUCUUGAUGCCAUUUUCUCUAA